AUGCUGAGCAACAGACUUAAACCGGGAUGCGUAGGCAUCGUUUCAAGACAAGUUUAUAAAUAUUUUGGAACAGUUAUUGGUAGUGAACCUAAUCGGUCAGACCCUGAGUUUAAGGUUAUUAUCAAUAAGUUAUGCAAAUUAGAAUUAAAGUUACAAUUUUCUAAUUAUCUUACUUUUACUUUAGGAAAUUGUGUUAUCAUUCCCAAUAAAGUUCUUAUUCAUGAAAAUGAAACCCAAAUGCUUCAAGUUGUUGACAAAUUGAAGGAAACAGUUGAAAAAAUUGUAAAAGGUGGAAAUGAAAAAGCUAUUCAAAAUCAUCUUUCUAGGGGUAAAAUUUUACCCAGGGAAAGAGUCAAUCUUCUUUUAGAUCCUGGAACUUCAUUUUUAGAACUAAGUCAAUUAGCAGCUUACAAUAUGUAUGAUGACUUUAUUCCAGCAGCAGGUAUCAUUACUGGAAUUGGUAAAGUUCAAGGGAGGGAAUGUAUGAUUAUUGCAAAUGAUGCAACUGUUAAAGGAGGAACUUAUUAUCCUAUGACUGUUAAAAAACAUAUCAGAGGGCAAGAAAUUGCUGAAGAAAAUAACUUACCUUGCAUUUACCUUGUUGAUUCAGGUGGUGCAAAUUUACCACAUCAAGCUGAUGUGUUUCCUGAUAAAUUUCACUUUGGAAGAUGUUUUUACAAUCAAGCUAACAUGUCAGCCAAAGGUAUUGCUCAAGUUUCAGUUGUGAUGGGAAGUUGUACUGCAGGGGGAGCUUAUGUGCCAGCAAUGUCAGAUGAGAGUAUAAUUGUUCAAAAACAGGGUACUAUAUUUUUAGCCGGUCCUCCUUUGGUAAAAGCUGCCACAGGUGAACAAGUCACAGCAGAAGAAUUAGGAGGAGCUGAUGUACAUUGUAGAAUAUCUGGAGUUAGUGAUCAUUACGCGAUUGAUGAUGCUCAUGCAUUAUCAAUAGCCAGAAGUAUUAUCGGAACAUUACCGGAACCGAAAAAAACGGAACAAUUAGAUUUUGAACCUCCAUUAUAUGAUAUUUCCGAUAUAUACGGUAUCGUCGGAGCUAAUUUAAGAAAAACUUAUGAUAUUAGAGAAGUGAUAGCUAGAAUCGUUGACGGAUCAAAAUUUCAUGAAUUUAAAGAAAAGUACGGUGAAACAUUAGUUACAGGGUUUGCUACAUUAUUCGGGUACAAAGUGGGAAUCAUUGGAAAUAAUGGAGUUUUAUUUCCUGAAAGUGCUCUUAAGGGAGCUCAUUUCAUUGAACUUUGCUCACAAAGAAACAUUCCUUUAAUUUUCCUUCAAAACAUCACGGGUUUUAUGGUUGGAAAAGAAGCCGAAAGACAAGGAAUAGCAAAAAAUGGUGCUAAAAUGGUUACGGCAGUUUCCUGUACUCACGUUCCUAAAAUAACUGUUUUAGUGGGUGGUAGUUAUGGAGCUGGUAACUACGGAAUGUGCGGAAGAGCUUAUUCUCCAAGAUUUUUAUUCAUGUGGCCAAAUGCGAGGAUUUCGGUUAUGGGCGGAGAACAAGCUGCGGGUGUUUUAAGCACUUUGGCCGAAGCUCAAAGAAAAAAAGCUGGAAAAGAAUGGACCGAAGAGGACGCAAACAAAGUCAAAAAACCGAUAAUUGAAAAAUUUGAAAAAGAAGGAGAUCCAUAUUUUUCGAGUGCUAGAAUUUGGGAUGACGGAGUCAUUGACCCGAAAGAUACGAGAAAGGUUUUGGGUUUGGCAUUAAAAGCAGCUUUGAAUAAAACGACGCAAGAAACUAAAUUUGGCAUAUUCAGAAUGUAA